AGUCUCGAAGGUUGUGGAUCAGUCAGCAAACAGAAGCGGCGCGUACGCACGCCUCCACUAUGAUCUCGAUCGGAGUGCUACUUACGAUCGCGUGCGCGGUAUCCGCCGUUGAACAUAACAUUAUUAACAAUACAAACAUUGACCAACAAGUUUUAAAAAGACUAACUAAUUUUUUAAAUGCGAGUGGUAGUUUAGAUCCCCGAGAUAUUGCUCGACUUAACAGGACUGCUCAGAACUUACGUCUCGAUAAGGAUUUAGUUGCUAAACUAUCUGAAACGAUAAAAAAUGAUAUGCGCAAUGGUAAAAAAACUGAAGAUUUAGGGUAUAAUGUAUAUGACGACGGUGCUGAGGAUGGUAGUAGGAAGCAGCCAAAGUUAAAUGCAGUGGACGAGUCCCCAGAUUAUGCCUCUUCUGUGGUGCUGGCCAGUGAUUUAUUAUCACUUACAAGUGCCGUGGCGAAUGUAAAGGAGAAAGUCUGCAGGGAACAGGGAUACAGAUUUCUGGAUGGGCUAAUUUUGAAUAAGAGAUGGGCUUUGAGAAUGUUUGAUGCAUCAGCAAAGUCACCCCAAGGACUGCUUUUCGGUUCUUCGUAUCACCUUGGUAACUUUGAUGAGUGCGUUGGCAUUGAGGAACCAGGUGCUGGUGUGACUGUGGAAGGUCAGUACUGCUUGGCGACAAUUAAGUGGCGACAGCGGGAAGAAUCCAAAAAGAUAAGAACUGGUCGAGGUGAAACUCUACGAUGGGCCGUUUGUGUUCCAAGUGGGUGUGACGCGGACGCCGUCGCGGGUUUCGUUAGUGAUGUUCUCUCUCAUACUGUGGGAAACUCGACAGGCGUUGAAGUCAAUGAGAAGGAUUGUUACACUCGAAAGCCUAUGAUUGUCAGCAAACUAGAUAUAGCAUUCUUAGGAAUAAUGUUAUUUUUUGGAGUGAUCCUCUUAUUCACAACAGCCUUCGAAAUGUACUCAAUACGUUAUAUGAAAAGAAAGACUAGCCCAGUGCAUGAUCUCAUAAUUUCGUUUUCAUUGAUCAACAAUACAAAGAAGAUUCUAUCAACAAAACAGAAUAACAGUCUCGGAUUAGAAUGCAUCAAUGGGAUUAAAGCCUUGGCCAUGAUAUUUAUUAUUGCGGGGCACGCCUGCCUUUUCAUCGGAAGUGGACCUGUUAUGGAUGCUGAAGCUUGGGAUCGACUCAUUCGGGAUCCAGCUAAUGCCUUCAUGUUAAACAACACAUUGCUUGUGGAUACUUUCCUUUUCCUGAGUGCAUUUCUCUUCAGCCGGCUUUUGCUUAUUGAACUGGACAAACGAAGAGGGCGUUUGAACGUUUUGCCAAUACUAGUUUUCCGGUAUAUCAGGGUUACACCAGCGUAUAUGAUUGUCAUACUGUUCUACAUGACGUGGUUGCCAAAGAUCGGGGAAGGACCUCUGUGGGAAGGCAGAUUGCGUUUAGAGCAAGAGAGAUGUAUGGACAGUUGGUGGGCCAACAUCCUUUAUGUUAACAACUACAUCAAAACCGAUAGAAUGUGUAUGUUCCAAUCGUGGUAUUUGGCCGUGGAUACGCAGCUAUUUUUCGUGGCCCCGAUCUUUAUCUAUAGUCUGUGGCAUUGGAGACGGUUCGGUUCUAUAUUUACGGCAGUGGCCACUUUCGUUUCCCUCGUCAUCCCAACUGUCAUCACGUAUAAAGAACGCCUGGAUCCGACGUUGCUGUUUUAUGCUAAAGAGUUCACAGACUUCGCUACGAAUUUUUACUUCGUCGAAGCCUAUAUACGGACUCAUAUGAAAAUGACUCCAUAUUUUAUGGGCAUACUUACAGGGUAUAUAUUACAUAGGAUUCAAUUAGAAAAUUAUGAAUUUUCAAAUCUUCUCAAAACCUUCGGAUGGCUGACAAGCAUCGUUCUAGGCACGGUGACAACUUUCUCGGUCAGUUUAUUCUACCAGGAUUGGUAUGAAUACAGUACAAUUGAAGCUGCCGCAUACAUAUCACUCCACAAAUUCGCAUGGAGUAUCGCCAAUGGAUGGCUGAUUGUGGCCUGUGCUACUGGCAAUGGAGGUAUUCUCGGAAAACUUCUGACGUGGAAAUUCCUCGUGCCGAUAGCGAGACUCACGUUCUGUGCAUAUCUAGUUAAUGGAAUUAUAGAAUUAUAUUACGUGGGCCAAUUGAGACAUCCUCUCCAUAUAACAUUCUUUACAGUUGCGGCAAAUGCGAUCUCCCAUAUCGUCCUGACUUUCUUCCUUGCACUUAUACUGUGUAUAAUAUUCGAGUCUCCUCUGCACGGCAUAGAGAAGAUUUUGCUAAGAAUGUUUGCUCGACCAGUAUUAAGUGAUAACGCGAAACAAGACGUCUCAUGCGAAACAUCGAGAAAUACUAGUCAAAGUAAACUUGAUACGUAGUUUUAUUAUUAUUAGAUAAUCCCUUUUAAUAUAUCACACUCGCUUUAAGAUUGUAAAUAUAUUUUUUGAGUGUUAAUAUAUUUUGAAUAUUGUAAAAAGUUUUAUAUUAAGUCCAAUUCUUGUACAAAUAUGAGUUAAAUUUUUAAAUUCUAAGUACGAUUCCUGAUUAGACGAAUAUAACGUAUAGUGUUGGUUAUAUGUAUAUUGGUUUUAGUUAAGGUGUGGUUUGCUGUAAGCACAUCCAGUUGGUGGGAACUACCAUCUUUUAAAUAUAAUUGAUAAUUUAAGGUAGAAAAAUAAUUGUAUUUUGUAUCCAUCAGCAGUUUAUGAGGAGGGAUUUUAUCGAAGCUUUUAUAUAAACCG